AUGGAUCAAUUACUGUCGGUCUUGAGCCUUCUUGUCUUCGCCGCUCCUGCCACUGCCCAGAGCAACGGGACAGCUACUAUCUCUUAUGUCUUGCCUUCAGGCUACAGUACCUCAAGCUUCAACGCCUCCGCACAGCCCACAGCCUAUACCCGCACUGAUUUCGGACCCAAUGCACUCGCCUCGCUCUGGGACAUGGUGGGGCCUAUCGCUACAGGACCCAUCACGACUACCGUUGAACCAACAGCAGAGCCAACCGCAUAUCCGCAGCCAGAUCCUCAAUACUAUCACGCUCUUGUAGGAAGCGGAUAUCCCGAGGUACAGGGCUUGAAGCUCCCCGAGAACUUUCAAUGGGGCUUUAGUUCUUCCGCGUAUCAAAUCGAAGGUGCGGUCAAGGAUGAAGGCAGAGGACCCAGUAUUUGGGAUUUGCUGGCACACCGGGUUCCCAACUAUGUAGCCGAUAAUACCACUGGCGAUAUCGUUGAUCAACAUUACUAUCUGUAUAAGCAGGAUUUCGCUAGACUAGCAAGUCUAGGAGUCAAAGCCUUCAGCCCUAGCUUUUCAUGGCCGCGCUUUUUCCCCUUUGGACAUGGCCCGGUUAAUGAGGAGGCCAUUGCGCACUACGACGACGUGAUCAGAACCAUGCACGAGAAUGGCAUCCAUCCAGCGGUAACGCUUUUCCACUGGGAUACUCCACUCGCCAUAUUCAAUGAGUACGGCGCCUGGACUGACCGCCGCGUCGUGGAUGACUUCUUCAACUAUGCUAAGUUCGUCAUCACACGGUAUGAUGCCUACGUCGACGAGUGGUUCACGAUCAAUGAGCCCCAAUACUGCAAUUGGCAAUACGCCGGGUAUCCGGCAGGUGAAUACUACCCAGCGCCAAAUGGCGUUACAGGCGGCAAUGAAGCCCGCUUCCUUUGUGGCCACCAUACACUGCUAGCGCACGCAAAGGUGUCCAAAUGGUACCAUGAAGAAUUCAAAGGACGCGGCCGCAUGACCUUCAAGAACAGCGGUAACUACUACGAGGCCAACAGCACAAAACCAGAAGACGAAGUUGCACGCCAGCGGAACUUUGACUUUAGCAUUGGCUGGUUCGGUGGGCCAUGGACUGACGGUGACUACCCGCAAUCGCUCAAAGACACACUUGGUGACCUCUUGCCCGAGUUCACACAAGAGGAAAAGAACAUGAUCAAAGGAUCGUGCGACUUCUACGCCAUCGAUCCCUACUCCAGCUUCUUAGCUUUUGAGGUUGAUGGCGGGCUGGAGUCAUGCACAAGCAACCGGUCACACCCGUCCUUCCCUGACUGUGCUGGUUCAGCAAGUGUAGCCCCCAAUGGCUUCCCUAUCGGUCCUGCCGCCGACCCAGCCAUGUCGUGGUUCUACUCUGCACCUGCCGGCGUGCGCCGCUACCUCAAGCACAUUACUCAGGUCCUCUUCCCAUCGAUCCCGGACAUUGUUGUGAGCGAAUUCGGGUUUGCAGAGCCUUUCGAAGGGCAAUGGGAAAACCUGAAUUCUGCGCUUUGGGAUUUGAAGAGAGCGGACUACUUCCAGCAAUAUCUAGACAACAUUUUGCUGGCGAUUCAUGUGGACGGCGUCAAUGUGACUGGAGCAUGGGGGUGGUCCAUUCUAGACAACUUCGAGUGGGCGCUUGGUACAUCGGUCCGGUUCGGAGUGCAGUACGUGAACUACACGAGUCUUGAGAGGACACCCAAGGCGAGUUUGUUCCAGUUCCUCAACUGGUUCAAGGAGCAUGAAGCGGGCGGGAACGCGACGAUGAGGGUCACAGCGCCUCGCCUCGACGCUGCCUAUGCUCUCUUCCUAAUCCCCAAGCCAACACCCCUCCAGGCACGGCGCUGCCACCAACCCAUACCCGCGUCAUCUGCGGGUAACCAGACCCAGCCCGCCUCCGACCACCCAUCCACCCCGACGUCCCCCGCUUCUUCUUCCCCAGUCAUCUCUGCCCCCUCCAACCAGCCCGCACCCGCCGCCCGAGCCUCCAACCACGCACCCGCUGCCGCUAUCCUGUCAUCCGACCAGACUCCAGCCGGAAAGCGCAGGCACAGCUUCUCUGCGAGCGACGACGCCGAAGACGAGCCCCUCACCAGCGGCACCCGGGGCAGCUUAUCCCGCCACAUCUCGAAGCGCAGGCGCAGACAGGAAGGGAAGAUGCGCCUUGAUAACGACACCUCCAAAUCCUCACAAUCGCCCUCGCGCAACUUCGCAAACGGAUCGUCACAGUCGUCGGGGCACAGGUCGCCCCUGGCCAAGGGCGCGAAUGGAAGCACACACGGGAGGAACGAGAGCAAUGGCUCCUAUACGAAUGGAGGUCCGGUAGCGAACGGGGGAUCAGUGCCUGCAACUUUCUUUGGCCAUGACAGGGAAGAAGUGACGCGGAUACUGAUACAGAGUCUGACCGACUUGGGCUACCACAGUGCUGCGGGCGCACUAUGCAAGGAGAGCGGCUUCCAGCUCGAAGGGCCCACAGUUGCGGCAUUCCGAACUUCGGUACUGAACGGUGAUUGGGAGGAAGCCGAAGAGCUGCUGUUUGGGUCAAAUACACACCACACCGGUGGUGGUGUUGGUCUAGACGCUCCCUACGGAAGGCCCUGGGGAAAGUCGACAUCUCAGCCCAGCUCGCAGCGUUCUACAGGCUUGACUCUAGCCGAGGGCGCAAACCGCGAGGUGAUGCUAUUCUGUCUGAAGCAGCAAAAGUACCUCGAGUUGCUUGAACGGAGAGAUCUGAGCAAGGCACUUGCGGUGCUUCGGCAAGAGUUGACGCCGCUUCAUCGAGAUGUGGGAAGGUUACACGCUCUUUCGGCGCUUAUGAUGUGCCAAUCUGCGGAAGACCUCAGAAAUCAAGCUCAAUGGGACGGCGCUCGCGGUGACUCACGGAUGCAUCUGCUUUCUGAUCUUUCCAAAUCAAUUUCGCCGAGCAUUAUGAUCCCGGAACACAGGUUAGCAGUACUGCUAGAUGAAGUAAAAGAUAGCUGGAUCGCAAAUUGCCUAUACCACAACACCGCCGCGUCACCGUCACUCUAUCUCGACCACAACUGCGAAAGGGAUGACUUCCCAACAAAGGCUGUUCUUGAUUUGAAACACCACACGGGUGAGGUUUGGUACUUGCAGUACUCAAACGACGGCACAAAACUUGCAUCUGCAGGCGAGGACCAGACAAUCAUCAUCUACGAAACCAACACAUACAAGGUGUUACAUCGACUCGCAGAACACAGGAAAUCUGGCGUCGCUCAUCUUGCUUGGAGCCCUGAUGACACAAAGAUAAUAACAUGUUGCUCGCAACCAGAGAACUCGGCGAGGAUAUGGGAUGUCAAGACCGGUGUAUGCAUACAAUGUAUCAACGACUUCACCUACCCAUGUACCACGGCGGCUUGGGAUCCGUCCGGUACACGGAUUAUUCUUGGAUCACAGGACGACAACAUGGGCUGUAGUGUUUGGGACCUCGACGGGAACCUCAAGCACAACUUCGCCGAUGAUGGGAAGCUCCGUGUAAACGGCCUCGCAUUGUCAUCCGACGGCCAGCGAUUAGUCGUCAUUACAGAGAGCGCGAUUGUCGUGUUUGAUUAUGCCACUUAUGAGAGGAUUGCCGAGUUUCAGCUUGAUGGUACAAAGUUGACGAGUGUUACGAUCAGCCAGGAUUCACGGCAUAUGCUCGUUAGCAUAAGCCCGGAUCAGAUCAAGCUCAUGGAAAUCGACACUGGGGAUGUAAUACAACGCUUCGAGGCACAUGCUCAAAAGCAGUUCAUGAUACGAUCAGCGUUUGGCGGCGCCGAUGAGAACUUUGUAGUCAGCGGCAGCGAGGAUUCACGAAUAUACAUAUGGCGCUCCAAUGGCCUCCUUAUCGAAGCUCUCGACGCACACUCCAACGGCUGCGCCAAUAGCGUAGCGUGGCACCCCAAGGAUCCUACUACAUUCGCUUCUGCUGGCGAUGAUAAACGAAUCAGGAUCUGGAAACCAGCUUCCGCGUCACCAAUGCCAUCGAGUAGCAGUAACGGUUAUGCAAGGUAG